CAGGCAUUCAACAAAGCGCAAAAAUUGGAAAAAAAUUACAAACAAUUCUUAACUAUCAAUACUUUCGUCUAAAAAAAUCCACAAAACAUGAUAAAUAAUGAACAAUUUGCUGAUCCUUGUCUAGAAAGACAUUUUACAGGACAUAGUCAAGCCAUAACGCAGGUGCGUUUUAAUCCGGAGGGCACUAAAGUGGCAACCAGUUCUUUGGAUUCCUCUGUUAUUCUGUGGGAUUUAAAACAAGCGGCUAGAUGUAUACGGUUUUCGGCCCACAAUGAUAGUGUUUAUGGUGUCAGCUGGUCACCCAAAUCAAAAUUGGUGGCUUCUUGUAGCAAAGAUAAGACAGUAAAAAUAUGGGAACCCAAAUUAAGAGGAGUGUCGGGAGAAUUUUUAGCUCAUGGCAAACCAGUAAGAUCGGUUGAUUUUGAUCCAUCGGGCACAAUGGUGGUGACAGCUUCUGACGACAAAACUUUGAAAUUGUGGCGUGUGGCUCAAAAGAAAUUCCUUACCUCAUUCGCUAGUCACACCAAUUGGGUAAGAGCAGCGAAAUUCAGUCCUAACGGACAAAUGGUGGCUUCAUGUGGCGAUGACAAGUCAUUGCGUAUCUAUGAUGUCAACUCGGGCGAAUGUAUACGUUGCUUCACAGAGGAAAAGGGCAUGGGACGUCAAGUGGCUUGGCAUCCGGAUGGCACAGUGGUGGCCGUAGCCAUGACUUGUAAUCGUAUUAAGAUAUUUGAUUUAGUGGCUCAAGAAUUGAUACAAUUGUAUCAAGUACAUGUAGGACCAGUUAAUGAUUUGGCUUUUCAUCCAAAUGGUAACUUUUUGCUGACCGGUAGUGAUGACGAGACAAUGAAGAUUUUAGAUCUAUUGGAGGGUAGACCGAUUUAUACCUUGACGGGUCAUACGGGAAAGGUAACAGCGGUGGCUUUUAGUCAAGAUGGUUCACAAUUUGCCUCGGCAGGAGAAGAUAGACAGCUUUUAGUUUGGAAAUCCAACUUACAUACUUAUGACGUUUCUCUGUACGAGGCUAAGGUGGCACGUGAAACUUUAAAUGAAAGUGGCAUUGUGCCUCACGAACAACAAUCGCCGGCCUGCAACAUAACCACCACAAAUGCCAGCGAUCAAUCUAUAAUUAUUGAUCCUAGACAAUCGAUGGCCUAUAAUAAUCGUGAUGAACAUUUCCAGGUGCUUGAAAGUGAAUAUACUAAACACUCCAUUAACCACACUACAUCUUCUCCCUCCACUACCAACUGCUCGUCUUCAACUUCAGGCAGUUUAAGCUCUAAUAGCAGUUCCUUGCUAAAUUUCCCUAAAACUAAAAGUAGCUUUUUCGAUGAUUAUGUCAAUUCACCAAAUAAGCAACAUUUAGCGAAUAAUUCGAAUGCUAGUUCGAAAUAUUUUUAAUUAUUUUUCUUUUAAAUAAUAUUUUAAUUUAUUAAUAUAAUUAAAGGACUGGA